AUGGGUAAAACCCUUUCUCCCGGCCGACCGAAUCGUGGCGGGUGCCCUACCUGCCCUGCCUCCGUCCGUAACACCUUUAAAACCGCAACCCGCGGAUCAGAGCGGGCUCCCGAGUUAGACUCCCUCAAGGCAAAGAAACCCUCGGUCCUCCCGGGCGGGCAGGAGGAUCUUUUGCUUUUUGACACCCCACCGCCUUACACACCCCUCCCGAGAGAGCCUACGGCACCUUCCCCGGAUUCUACGCAGGGAGAAAGGGAGGAGGACCCCCCGGCUCGUUCAACCCCCAUGAGUGCCAGGUUGCGCUUGCGUCGGGGAGGGGGGAGUGAGGGCGGGCAGUGGGAGGCUCAGGCUUUCCCACUCCGCUCAGUGGGGGGUCAGAUGCAAUACUGGCCGUUCUCAGCUUCAGAUUUGUACAAUUGGAAAACCCAUAACCCGCCUUUUUCUCAAGAUCCACAAGCUUUGACAGGAUUAAUUGAACCUAUUCUUUUAACCCACCAACCGACCUGGGAUGACUGCCAGCAGCUCCUGCAGGCUCUCCUGACCACGGAGGAGAGACAGCGGGUUCUCACAGAAGCCCGGAAAAAUGUUCCAGGGGACAACGGUCAACCUACCCAACUGCCGAACGAGAUUGAUGCAGCAUUCCCGUUGACCAGACCGGAUUGGGAUUUUAGUACGGCAGUCGUGGGAGGCAGGCCGGUCACAUUCAUGGUGGAUACUGGAGCUCAGCACUCUGUCUUAAACAAAAAUAUUGGCCCCCUUAGCUCAAAAACUUCUUGCGUCCAGGGAGCGACUGGAAGAAAAAUGUACUGAUGGACCACAGAACGACAGGUAGAUCUAGCUACUGGCCAAGUCACCCACUCAUUUCUUUUAGUACCAGACUGCCCAUACCCCUUAUUAGGAAGAGACUUGCUAUCUAAGUUGGGAGCUCAGAUUCAUUUCCAGAAGGAAGGGGCCUCAGUGACAGACUCAGGGGGGCGCCUUCUGCAAGUAUUGACUUUACAAUUAAGAGAUGAACAUCGUCUAUAUGACGAAGAAAAAAUAAAAACCCCACUAGCCCCUGAGUGGAUCGAAAAGUUCCCGAGUUCUUGGGCAGAGACCGGAGGAAUAGGAUUAGCAAUUCAGCAGCCACCCAUAAUAGUAAAUGUAAAGCCUACCGCUGAACCAAUAUCUGUACGGCAGUAUCCUAUGACCAAGGAAGCAAAGGAUGGAAUCCGGCCCCACAUUAAGAGACUGCUGGACUUGGGAAUAUUAAAACCCUGCCAAUCCCCUUGGAACACACCCUUACUGCCGGUACGGAAACCAGGCACCAAUGACUUCCGACCUGUGCAGGACUUACGCGAGGUAAAUCGUCGGGUUGAAGACAUUCACCCGACCGUGCCAAAUCCGUACAACUUGCUGAGCACUUUGCCUCCAUCGCGCACUUGGUAUACGGUGCUAGAUUUAAAAGAUGCUUUCUUCUGUCUGAGAUUGAGCCCCCAGAGCCAACCCUUGUUCGCAUUCGAAUGGAAGGACCCAGAGACUGGAUUCUCAGGGCAAUUGACUUGGACCAGACUCCCACAAGGAUUUAAAAAUUCGCCCACACUAUUUGAUGAGGCCUUACAUCAUGACUUGGCAAGCUUCAGGAGUUACCCACUACCAAGCAAUGUUACUCAACCCCGAGCGCAUCCGGUUUGGAACGACGGCCUCUCUCAACCCCGCCACUCUACUGCCGGAACCAGGAGACCAUACGCAGGUCAGCCACAAUUGCCAACAGGUGCUGGCUGAAGUCUAUGGGGCCCGUGAGGACUUGACAGAUCAGCCCCUGCCAGACGCGGAGUA